AUGGUUAAUGAUAAUACAUACAUAGUAGAUUUUAAUGCAAUGGAGGGUUGGUCACCAUGUGGAGAAGGAACCUAUGGAAAGGUUUAUAAAGCAUUUGAUAAAUCUAUUCAACAAAAUGUAGCAAUCAAAGUAGUUUCAAAUGUAGCCAAAGAAGAUGGAAUACCAGUAGAAGUUAAAUAUUUAGAUUUAUUAAAAGGUUCACCAAAUGUAGUUCAAUUAUAUAAUUUUUUCUAUCGAUCACCUACAGAGUUGUGUAUAGUGAUGGAAUUUGUAGAUGAUGAUCUUUGGAAGAUCAUGUCAACUCCCUCUAAAAUCACACAACUAACUUUUGGUAAAAUCAAAUCAUAUACAAGACAAUUAUUAGAUGCAGUCUUUCAAUGUCAUUCAAAAGGAGUGAUGCAUAGAGAUAUUAAACCUGCAAAUUUAUUAAUUGAUAAUAAAGGGAAAUUAAGAUUAUCAGAUUUUGGACUAUCGACAUCAUAUCAAGAUCAAAGUGAAGGUGUAUUGUCAAACAAUGUGGUUUCACUUUAUUAUAGACCACCAGAAUUACUACUUGGAUCCUUUAAUUAUGGUCCAGAGAUUGAUAUUUGGAGUGUUGGUUGUGUCUUGAUGGAAUUGAUCAAGGGUCAAUAUUUAUUUGCUGGCGACGAUGAAGCCAAACAGUUGGAGCAGAUAUUCUCAAUAUUUGGUACGCCGUCUGAAGUGGAAUGGCCAGGCGUGAGCAUGCUCCCCUGUUGGAGCACAAUGGUGCCUGCAAUGCGAUCACACAGACGACCAAGCACCUUGACAGAACACUUUUACGAGCUCAACCACCAUCUCCCCCUAUUGGUCGACUUGGCGAGCAGAAUGCUCCAAUUGGACCCAAAAAAGAGAAUCACUGCCUACGAUGCUCUCAGACACCCAUUCUUUAGUACCACCGCUGCCACCGAAUUGGACGACUUUAUCGAUACUCUGAUUCCAUCGCAACCAAAUUUUAUUAGUAAUAUCCUUUAUUACAAAAACCAUCAAUUCAACAUGGCUCGUCAUUACAACCAACAAAAACAACAUUUACAACAACAACAAAUUAUUUAUCAGCAACAACAACAACAACAACAACAACAACAGCAACAACAAUUACAACAACAACAACAAAUUGUUAAUCAAUAUCAUAUUAUUGAAACUGCUGCAAGACGUCAACCGCCUCCACCUCAUCAUUAUCAACAACAACACUAUUAUCAACCACAGCUACAACAGCUACAACAGCCCAUUCAACAACAAAUUCAACAACAACCUCAACAACCUCAACAACCAAUCCCUAGUAGAUAUAGUGCAGCAACAUCUGCUGCUCCCCCUCCCCCUUGUUCAACGGGCAAUCAACUAUCGGCCCACUCUACACCAAAUCAUACUUAUUACUAUAACAACAACAACAACAACAAUAGCUCUUCUCAGACAGCAACUCUUAACCAACCCGAUCGACAACAACAAGGGUACAAUAGUAAUAAUAAUAAUGGUUUUAUUUCUUCACAUCAGCCACAACAACAACAACAACCUGUUAAUAAUAAUAAUAAUAAUAAUAAUAAUAAUAAUUUUCAACAAAAAUAUCUUCUUGAUAUUAAUCCAUAUUCAGAUUCCUUAAUUGGAGAGAGGCAUUUUAAUCGUAAACAAAACAACAACAAUGGUACUAUAACCAAUAACGAUCAUAGUUUUUCAAGUUACCACUAUGAACGUACUAUAUUGGUUAGUCAACCAACAAGACAACAACAACAACAACAACAACAACAACAAAAUUUUCAACAACCAAUGUAUUUAAAUCAACAACAACAACAAACUCUUAUUUUUACUCAAUUACAACCACCUACUUUUAUUCCUUUUGUAUAUCAACAACAACAACAACAAGAACAACAAGAACAACCACUACCACAACCACAACGCCAUCCAGAUUAUUUUGAAAACUCUGAUGAAGACGAUGAAGAAGAUGUUAGAGGUUUUGAAGAGGAAGAAGAAGACGAGGAAGAAGAUGAAGAAGAUGACGAAGAGAUUGAUGUCAAUGAUGGAGACACUGCAAUUUGGAUUAGACAAGAUGAUCAUGCUAGUGGUCAUUAUACCAGUCAUGCAGGACCAGUAUAUAAUCAUGAAUCGUCCUCUUAUUGGACAAUUCAACAACCCCAACAGCAACAGCAACAUCAUCAACAACAACAACAACAUGGAUAUCCCCAUGGUGAUGUUCAACAUCAUACUAUUCACCAUCAUCAUCAACAUCAACAACAUCAUCAAGUUUAUGAUCAACAACAACAACAACAACAACAACAACAUUCUCAACCAUCAAAUCAAAACUGUUCAACAACAAGAUUCUAUGGAGUUGGAAACCAUAGUAGUCAAUCGGGAAACAAGAAAGAGAUUAUGUUUCAUUUAAUAACGAUAGAAGAUAAGGUUAGAAUACCACCAAGUGCAUUUGAAAAUGAAUUACAAACAAUAGAAGAUGAAAUUGAAAAGAAAUAUACAAAUAAAAUAUUAAUUAAUGGAGGAUUAUUUAUAGCAUUGUAUGAUAUAUUGGGAACUGGUGAUGCAUAUAUUUAUUCAGGAGAUGGUGGUUCUCAUUUAAUAGUUAGAUGUCGUUUGGUUGUAUUCAAACCAUUUGUAGGAGAGAUAUUGGAAGGUGUCAUUAAAAAAACAACAAAAGAUUAUAUCAUUGUAUCAUUGGGUUUCUAUAAUGAUGUAAUGAUUUCUUCAAUUGAUUUACCAAAUCCAUCAUUCUAUGAUGAAGGUGAACAAUUAUGGUAUUGGGAAUGGGCAGAUACACAAUUAUUUUUUGAAGCAAGAGGAAGAGUUAGAUUCAAGGUUGACAAUGUAGAGUUUAAUCCUGCCAUUUCUCAACCUGCACCCAAAGCAAAAAUAGCACCUACCAACACUGCCGAUAUCGCAUUGAUCAAGGAACAAGAGCGUAUCGACAGGGAAAGAGAUGAAUAUCUAAAAAAUUUAAAGUCACCAAUGAUUGUUAGAGGAUCGAUGCGUGACAGUGGUUUGGGCAUGGUCAGUUGGUGGGCUACAAACCCAGAUCAAGAAGAUGCCUAUGUCGACGAAAAUCAACUCGUCGAAGAAAGAAUGGAUGUCGAUAUGUAUGGCAACGUUGGUGAAAGACCAAGAGAUUAUAAUGAAGAUGAUAAUGAAGGUUUGGUAUCUGAAGGUCGUUCAAAUUAA